AUGCUGGGCACGGUGCUGUGCUCGACAGAGCUCGACGACGAGCAUGGCCACGACGACUAUGGAGCGGGGCAGAGGCAAGCUAUGACGAUGGCGGCGAGCAAACUAGAGAGUGAGGCGGCCUACGCGAAUGAGGGGAGAGGGGAAGGAGGGGGAGAAGCUCACGGCGAGGCUGUAGGGGGACGGCAGCGUGCUCGGGGAGGUCUCAAUGCAGUGAAUCAAGGCAGCGGAGCCGCCGCGCCCCUCUCUCCCCUCUCCUCGCAAUGGCGGUCGCGCCUCACCAGCCCAUCACGCCCGCCCCCGCCCCCGCGAGCGGCGGCGACACGUUCCGCCUGGGCUUCGUCGGUGCGGGGAACCUGGCCGAGAGCAUCGCGCGCGGCAUCGGGCGUCCUCCCGGCCUCCGCCGUCCGCACCGCGCCCCACCGCCGCCCCGAGCGCGGUGCCGCCUUCGCCUCCCUCGGCGCCACCAUCCUCGCAUCCAAUGCCCAGGUUGUCGACGACAGCGAUGUGAUCGUCAUCUCCGUCAAGCCCCAGAUUGUGAAGCAGGUUCUGGUUGAGCUCAAGCCCUUGUUGUCUGAAGAAAAGCUUCUGGUCUCCAUUGCCGCUGGCAUCAAAAUGAAAGAUUUGCAGGACAACGAGUUCAUCUGCAGCAGCUAUCGCUAUGAGCAGUUCGUCCGCGACGCGCUCCGCAGCGUCUUCGCCGGAAACAACGAGAUCCUCAACGUGUGGAAGUAAGUCGCCGGCCAUCUGUUUCCUAAUGAAUUUUCUUUCUAGCUCAAUGUGAUCGGAUCUGACUAGUACGUUCAGAUUUGCUCUUGUUUUCUUUUCAAAUAGUACUAGUAGUCUAUAUUCCAGCUGUGCGACUACCUGUAGCCACUUGAACCGAUGAGAAUUCUUCAAGCCUACCUAUAGCCACUUGAACUGAUGUCUAUCUCAGAUCUGCUCAUCUAAAAAAUCCAAGUGGAGUAGUAUACUGGUAGUAUAGUAUAAUAAUAUUAUCAAAAGGUAAAUGCCCUGAUUAUUUAGCUCUGUCAGAUAAAUACUCGUCGAAAGUGGGCUCCUAUCAAAAUUCAUUUCCAUUAUAAUCUUACUCAUACAAUAUUCACACCAUGUAAUUCUAGAAAUAUAUGCUCAUAUCUAGUUCUACAUAAAAAAUGACAGUAUUGACAUGUUAUAAAUAGUUUGUUUGUCUUUCUGUUUAUUUUGUUACAUUUUGCAGGGAUAAAGUGAAGAAAAAGAAGAAAAGAUCACUAGAAGAUUAGUUUUAGGAUUUUCUUUUAUUUCCUUGCAAUUUUCCUUUUAUUGGAUACUUGUAAAGACAUUGUAAUAUUCUUACUGUAAUAAAAUGAUUCUAUUUCAUUUUUUGUUUUUAAAUUAUUUUUCCUUAUAGGUUGUUUUCUGUAAAUUUGGAUUUUUUUGUUUUCCAAAUACAUUACUAGUGGCGCAUUUAAGCCCUUAUUAGUGGCGCACCUUCCUUUAUUACUAGUGGCACACCUAUAAGGC